AUGGACUUCCCUGCCCAGUACCCCGACUCGCCCGCCAAGCCGCUGUCGGGACCGGCCCGCGCCCGACUCGCGGCUCGGCAGAACCGCACCUCGUCGCUGAAACCCUACUCGAGGCGCACUUCCGCCGCUGCUCCAACGCAGAAUGGCCUCGCACCCUCGUCGUCGGCUUCGGAUCUGGCCGUAGUCCAGCCCCAGACUCCCGGCCGCGCAUUGGCAGUCCCGGCUGCGCACGAGGCCAAGUCGCCCUUCUCGUCGCUGCGAGCCGCCUCGCCGCUCGCUCUGCUCGGAAGCGUCGGCAAGGGCAUCCUCUCGCGACCCCUCAGCUGGCUAGCCAGCUCGUCCACUGCUGCAAAGUCGGACACCGAAGGCACCCCACUGCCCAAGUCUGCGUCGUCCCACAGCCUCGGCGCAGCGGCCCGGACGCGUGCCGCCCUUGAUGCCGGCGCCCGAACGCAGAGGGAUGACCCGGAGCGUGAGGCGCCGUCGCUCGCUGCCCGCGCCAUCGGUGCACGCCUGGCCGCAGGUGUCUUGGGAUCGCCGCAGCAGCACGCGCAGCCGCACGACGACGACCUCGAGAGCCAGAGCGUCGCUCGGUACGCUCCGACGCAGCCCGAGCAGCCUGCCCUGAGGCGCAGCACCAGGACUGCGGCCAGGUCCGCCGCCCUAUCCCCACCUCCGCAGGCGGCAUCAUCCCAAUCGUCCCGGAUCGGCCACAGCGAAGGACGCGAUGCGGUGGCAUCUCCUAUGACCAGGUCUCGCACUUCAAAGAGGGUGCUCGACCUCGGCCGCACCGACGGCGACGACGGUCGGAUGGAGCUGCUCAAGAGCCGAUCGCCCUCCCCGGCAGCUUCGACGAUGUCCGCCAGGGCGAAGCAGAGGUUGUCGGCCGGGCCCAGCCCGCUGGUCGCCUCCGGCUCGCAUGCCGGCCCGUAUGCCACCGUGGGCUACCGACGAGGGUCGUCGCUGCGGCCCGACGAUAGCCUGGAUGCGCGGAUGACGCCGAGCCAGAGCAGCCCUUCCUUUGCGUUCGGCUACGGCAACGAGCGGAGGCUGGCGCGCAGCAGCUUUGGCCUGCCCCCGACGGCAUCACCGUUCCAGCUGGCGACGCGCAGCCCCCUGGCACCUCGCGAGGGUCGCUCGUCCCUCGGACCUCUGCUCGGAUCCGAGCUGGGCACGAGCCCGCACCACCUCCGCGGAGGCAGCAUCGGCCCGGGAAGCGUCGCCACGACCGGCUAUCGCGCCUCGUCGCCGGCUAUGAGGGGUACUACGCCGAAGCGAAGGGACUGGGCCUCGCUCGGUCUGGCGGCGUCUCGCUCGCCUGGACCGGGAGACGACAUGAUGCGCGAGUACAUCGCCACCCGCACGCUGCCGGGCACCGCCCCCAGGUCGCUCGGCAUGAACGUGUUCAGCGACCCGCGAUCUUCGAGGGCGAGCAGCGUCGCACGCGAGGAUGACAGCAUGUCGCUGACGCCGAGCCGCCUGGGCAAGCGCGACAUCGACAUGAGCGUCGAUGGCGACGAGACUGGAUCGACGAUGGCGACUGCACGGAAGCGCCAGAUGGUCUGGCACCCGCAGCUCGGCUUCAUCAGCCAGGAAGAGCUCCGAGCGCGGGAGCCGAAGCCGCCCUCGCCAAAGAACGAAGCCGAGAGGCUCCUCAGCGUCCUCGAGAGCAUGAAGGGUGCCGCUCGCAGCGAUCGUGGCGCGGGGGCCCCGACGGCGUUGUCGCGCAUGCUGCAGCCGAUAUCCGUGCCGGCUCCCGUAUCGGACAGGUCGCUGGCGAGCACCAGCGGCAAGGCAAGCGAUCGGUCCCGGCCGAUUGGCGUGGCCCCCUACUCGAGGGCCCUGCGAAGGAGCAAGCUGGCACAGAGCCAGCAGACGACCGAUGAACGCCUCAGCCUUCGCGCCAAGCUGCGCCGCUCUCGGCCUGCGCUAGAGGACUCCCGCGCCGACAGCGAUCUCGAAGACGAUCGAGCAGAGGACCACGACAUGGACGAGACCGAGACCGAGACUGAGGUCGAGACGGAAGAGGAGCCCGUCCCGCCGAAGCGGCAGGCCAAGCAGCCGGUCAGGCGCUCGCGCAGACUUCGCGCUCGGGACGUGGAGACGAGCAGCGAGGACGAGGAGAUGGCGGCCGAGGAGGUCGAGGUGGUCAAGCCGAAGAGCAAGGCCAAGGUCCAGCCGAAGUCCACUCAGGCCGCUGCUGCUGCCGCCCCUGUCUCCGCCGCCCGCGCCACUAACGCUAGCAAGCAGCAGGAGGAGAACAAGGCCCGCUCCGAUGUGGCUGUCUCCGCAGCGCCCGCCGCUCCGAAGCCAGCAUCGCACCGAAUCAGCCUCGCCGCUGCCAAGUCGUCGACAUCGGCGCCGCCGCCAAAGAAGGACAACUUCACGGUGCGCAGCCAGGCCGACUCCGACGGCACCCGCGAAAAGUCGUCGCUGAGGCAGGGUGCGGCCAAGAAGUUCCGUACGCACCAGUCGUCGGGUCGCAUCUCGGCUUGGGAGGAGGAUCUCGACGAGGACGACGGCCUGCCGGGCGCCGAAGAUCUCUCCAAGAUCAAGAUGCCCACCAACCUGUUCCCUACGAACUUCUCGUUUGGCAACGGCAGCUCGACCCAGCCGCCCUCUGCCGCCGCGAGCACUGGGAAGAAGGAGGUGGAUGCCGCGAAACCCCAACCCGCGACAUCGGCCGCUCCCAGCUUCUCGUUCGGGGCGCCCGCCUCGAAGGAAGCUCCGAGCGUAGUUGCGAAGCCGAAGCCGGCGGCGGCGGAGCCGUCUUUACUCGGAAGGCUCGGAAGCUUUGCAAGUCCUGGCUCGGAGGACGCCAAGCAGGCAUCGACGACGCCGGCAGCCCAGCCUCCCGCCUCAAGCUUCUCCUUCGCUGCUUCCGCGCCCGCCCAGGAGAGACCCAAGCCUGCGUUCUCCUUCCAGCCGCCCAAGCCCGACGAGGCCAAGGCCACUGCUGCCGCAGCUGCCAGCAAGCCUGCCCCUGCCGCACCCGACUUCUUCUCGACCCCGGUCGCACCUGCCCAGCCGGCCGAAAAGACAGACGAGUCCAAAAAGUCCGGGCCCGUGCCCAACUUCUUCGGCAAUGCCCUGGCAAAGGUCGAAGCCAAGCCCGCAGCGGCUGAGCCGGCAAAGAGUGCGUCGUCCGGCUUCAGCUUCGGCAAGCCAGCAAGUACGCCCACCUUUUCGGGCUUCGGUCAGCCUGCACCGGCUCCGACUGAUGACGGCAAGAAGGACGCGACGGCCGACAAGCCUGCGACCACGGCCUUCUCGUUCGGAGCGGCGCCCGCGACCAAGACUGAGGAGAGCAAGCCCCCUCCCGCCGCGUCGACAUUCGCAUUUGGCCAGUCUCAGCCCUCGUCUUCGCCGGCUGCCGGCCCUUUCUCGUUUGGCGCACCCGCAGCCUCGGCUCCCGAAAAGCGAGCUGCCGAAGGUGAGCAGGGGGGACAAGGCGACGCCAAGCCUUCUGCAAAGACGGCGCCCACGCCCGGCUUCUCGUUCGGCGGUGCGGCUGGCUUUGGCAAGCCCGCAGCGUCUCCCGCUCCGGCUCCGGCCGAGGACAAGAAGGCCGAAGAGCCGGCCAAGAAGUCCUUCUUUUUCGGCUCCACGGACACCUCGGCGACCCCUGCGGAACCCACCAAGCCCAGCGAAGCCAAGGCAGGAUCGUCCUUCUCGUUCUCGCCUGCCGCGUCGUCGCCGAGCACGCCAGCCUUCGGCUUUGGCAGCGCCGCUGCGGCGGCAAGCGAUGGCAAGCCGGCUUCGUCGCCGACCACCGAGACGCCCAAGCCUGCGUUCACCUUUGGCGCGCCUGCUACGAGCACGCCCGCGGCCAGUACCGCGCCGGCCGCACCCUCAACGCCGGGCGGUUUCACCUUCGGCGCGUCGGCACCAACGUCGACCGCGGCCACCACUCCCAAGCCGUCCACGCCUGCCGCAUCGACCUUUGGGGGCGGGUUCGGUACACCAGCCCAGGCGCAGUUCGGAAACAGCGAGAUGAUGGAGGACUCGCCCACGACUGGUGCGGCCGCCGCGACCUCUGCUGCGCCAGCCACCCAAUCGAACCGGUUCACGUUUGGCGCACCAAGCCCCGCCGCGACAGGCGCAGCCAACGGGAGCGCAUCCCCCUUUGGCAUCUCGGCUGCUGGUGGGUCCAGCGUAACCAGCCCGAACCUGGCGACGUCGAAGCCGCCGUCAUUCAGCUUCGGAGCUUCAGCUGCUGUGCCGUCGGCGCCUCUGACGACGCCUUCGACCCCUACCUUUGGUGCGGCACCACUCGCUGCCGGCACGACGGGCAUGUUCGGCUCGUCGGCGCCCGCGCCCUCUGCCGUGCCCGCCUCGGCGGCUCCCUCGCCGGGAUUCACCUUCACUGCAGCCCCACCGACGAGCGCAGCCGCUCCGUCUGUUAACGUCUUUGGCAGCGCGUCUGCUGCACCGACGCCGUUUGGCUCGGCGCCCUCGUCACCAGCCCCCUUCAUUUUCGGAGCCUCGCAGCCGCAGCAGCCGCAGCAGCCGCAGCAGGUGCAGCCACCGUCCACGGCGUUCACAUUUGGCAGCACCAAUGCCGCCUCGCCAGCUCCGAGCUUUUCGUUCGGGUCCAACAUGAACACGCCAUCGCAGCAGCAGCAGCCUGGCGGCGGUGGCGGCGGAGGUGGAGGCGCCUUCACCUUUGGCGGCCAGCCGGGUGGCGCCGCGACGCCCGCACCGGCCCCCUUCACGUUCGGUGCUCCGCAGUCGCAGCCGCCGACGCCCGGAGCCGGCGGUCCCUUUGCGUUUAAUGCCGCACCCAGCCCUGGUCCGCCGUCGUUUGGAGCGCCGCAGCAGCAACAGCAGCAGCAGGGCGCCACGGCGACGCCGCCGGGAUCCGCUGGCGGGCUGUUCAAUAUUGGCGCCGCUUCAGCCAGCCAGGGUCCCGGCGGAAGGCCCAUCAAGCCGCGCCCGCGCAGGCGACCGUGA